AUGGCGGCAGCACCGGUUACACCAGCGUCCAGUCUCCACGUCGACAGUGAUGUGGUCGCCCAACACGACCCCGAGAGCCAGCAUCGCCCGAGAGAGAAGAAGGCCGGCUCGGAAAAGGUUUCGGCCUUCCAGUCUCUCGGAUGGCUCGACCGAUUUCUAGCCGUCUGGAUCCUGCUCGCCAUGAUUCUCGGCAUGCUCUUGGGCAACUUCGUCCCUCAGACGGGGCCGGCUCUGCAAAAGGGCAAAUUCGUGGGAGUGUCGAUUCCAAUAGCAAUCGGUCUCCUUAUUAUGAUGUACCCCAUCCUCUGCAAAGUUCGCUAUGAGUCCUUGCACGACAUCUUUUCGCAGCGGGGCGUGUGCAAGCAGAUUGCUUUCAGUGUCUUUGUAAACUGGAUCGUGGCACCUUUUUUAAUGCUUGCUCUAGCAUGGGCUUUCCUCCCCGAUAAGAGUGAUUUGCGUACAGGUUUGAUACUGGUCGGUCUCGGAAGGUGCAUCGCCAUGGUGCUUAUCUGGACAGGCCUGGCAGGGGGCGACAGCGAAUACUGCGCCAUUCUUGUCGCCAUCAACUCGAUCCUGCAGAUGGUCCUCUUCGCUCCGAUGACGAUUUUCUUGCUCCGAGUCAUCAGCCACGACAGCAGCGUGCAGAGUGUCUCCUAUUCGGUCGUGGCCGUCAGCGUCGCCGUCUUCCUUGGCAUCCCUCUGGGCGCAGCCAUUGUGACACGCUUUGCCCUCCGCACAAUCGCCGGCCCGGACUGGUUUGAACGGCGUUUUUUCCCGUUUGCUUCGCCAUGGUCGCUGAUCGGGCUGCUGUACACGAUCCUCGUCCUGUUCGCGUCGCAGGGCCACGCUGUCGUGCACCAGAUCGUCAGCGUGGUGCGCGUGGCCGCGCCGCUGGUCGUGUACUUUGGUCUGGUCUUUUCCCUGACCUUGUGGGCCACGUAUCGCCUUGGCUUCGGUUAUGCCCUGGCGGCAACGCAGAGUUUCACGGCCGCGAGCAACAAUUUCGAGCUGGCCAUUGCGGUCACCGUGGCGACGUUUGGCCCAGACAGCGACCAGGCACUCGCGGCCACGGUGGGCCCACUGAUCGAGGUGCCUGUGCUGCUGGGCCUGGUGUACUUGGUUCGAUGGGUUGGAAACAGGUGGAACUGGAAAAAUUGA